UCAAAAUGCAAGAAUUUUGCAAAUUUCUUAUCUACGAAAGUUUCUGACUGCAAAAGUUUCUGCACUUAAAACAAAUACCUUAUAACUUAUUUUGUUUUUAAUGUGUAUAUGAAAGUUAUGUUUUUACCUUAUAAAUACCAUAGAAAGUAUUUUAAUAUUUUUGUGAUGCAUGGCAUCAUCCGUAAGUAUUUUAGGUUUUAAUUAGAUUAUAUAAACGUAUAUUAUAUGUACAAACCAGUUUAAGGAGAACAUUUUUUAUUUUCUCAUAUUUACAUUGUCCUUGAGCAACUUUAUUUUACAAAUCAGUCUAAUUUGUUAAGGGCAAAAAGUUGAUGUCAGCAUCAUAAUUGCUAAGAAAUUGCGGAUCAUAUAAUAUACAAAUUUUACAAGAUUUUAGCCUACACUUGCCAUUUUUUGCAUUUUAAUGUUAUUUUUAUUUCAAGUAACCAGUUUACAAAGCACUUAUUCUUAUAUAGAACUGUUUGAAUCUUUAACCCUAUUCCUACUAGGGGAGGGGUUAUUUUGUCCCCCCUUGCCAGUUUUUUAACUCUCAUUUUUGAUGUUUUCAGUUGGUUUCCAAAAGUAAUCUAAAUUUUUAUUUAUAUGAUCCAUUUGUGGACUAAAUUAUUUUACCAAUUUUUAAUUUUAAUCAAAUUUAUGUGUAUUAUAUAUCUUUAGAUUGAAAAUCACUUUAAGAUUGUGAAUAUGACAUAGCAUCAAAAUUAAUGCUAUGAAUAACUAAUUAAAUUAAUUAAUCACCAGAAAUUAGUUCAAUUUUGAUACCGUCCUUAGCAGAAAAUGAUGACAUCACGACUAAUUUUUUGAUGUCAAGUUUUAGAAGGGAAAGGGAAGUCAAUCACAGCCUAGUAGGAAUAGAAGCUUCUCUUCAAAUUUUCAGCAGUUUUGUUUCACGUCGCUUAUAGCUGUUGCUUAGUUUUUGGCUCCGAUCUCAAAAACAAUCUUUAGUAAUUAGGUUGCUUUUAUAUAAAUACGUGUAUUUUGUUUAGACAUAUUUUCUGAAAGUUUCAAAACUACAUAACUUUUUAUUAUGUAGAAAAAAAAUUAUCAACGGUGAAAGUGAUUGUAGUAAAAUGGGGGUGAAAGGUAAUGAAAUCUGCCACACGAAAGUAACUGUACUUGUGGCAUAUGAAAGAACAGUAGGUGGAAAGAAGUUACCAUCUAUGCUUAAAGCAUUUGAGUUUUAAAAGUGUUCUAAACAGAGAAAUUAAUUUCUAUCAAUUUGUGUGAUCGAAGAUUAUCAUAUUGCGCAUUUAUUUAAAUACUAUGUGUCUUCUUUGUUUAUAGAUGAAACAGUUUAUUUAUUGGGAUGCAAAUUGAAACGAUGGAAAUGAAACAAAUUGACCUGCUCAGAGUAAUCAAGUUAGUGUGAAGUGUAUAAUUGACGAAGAUGGAAACUACGAACUGACUGCAGAUGGGUUGAGAUUUUUUCAAGCUAUCCAAGGAAAGCAUUGGGUGUAUCACAUUGUGCAUGAUUUUUGUGCAGCAUUUAAUAAGACUUAUGGUUAUGGUUCAGCAUCUUUUUUAUUUUUCGUGGGAAAGUGGUGUGGAUGUUUUAUACAAUUACUUAAUCAGGGUGUUCCUGCACAAGUCAUAUCCAUCGUCAUGUCAGAAAUUCUGGAAGUAAUAACCAGCCAGUUGUCUCGUUUUUCACUUAGUAUAAGGACUUUUAAAGAUGCGUAUACAAACAUGAGCGAACUCUCUGCAACAAAAAGCGCUGCCAGCAGGACCCAAGAACCAAAAAACCGCCCCAUUAUGACAUCAAAAACUUCAAAGAAUACUACUCAUGCUCGGUCCAGGUUUUCCAGGUACAGCCGACAUGCAAUGACAGAUGUAGAAAAUGAUCUUCAACAGAUAAACCGUAAAAAAGAGUCUGCUUUGUUACGGAAGCUUUGUAUAAAUGUUUGUGGACAAUCCAACGAAAUUGUACAUGAGAUUAUUUCAAACGUGGUAGAAACUGCAUACAAAAAUCACGUGUUUAAUUUAGACAGUAACGAAGCUUUUCAGAGUUUUGUUUUAAAUCGAGACAAUAUAAUCAUCGAACCGUUAAUCGGUAUCAGCCAAUCCACAUCGAGCGUUUAUAACGGAAUAAUAAUACCAUGUGAUGACUGGUAUAUUGUUGACGUAUUGAAAAGACUGGAAGGUCUUAGUAUAAAGGUAGCUUUAGUUAAUAAUAUAUCUUAUGGCAACAUGUUGCCAGAUUCUAAAGAUUUAAGACUUUAUAAAAUAACAAGCCAAAUCGAGGAGGUCAGUUUUGAUGCGAAGCAAAAACAAUUUACAGCCUGCCCUAGUUGUCUUGUUUUUUAUCGCGGUGAAGUAAAAAAAGAUAUGAAAAGUACGUUGGAUAAUCAAGGCGUAUUACUUAUUUCAGUUAGCAGCUACAAUGUGUUAUUUUCAUUGUCAACUAUGCUAUCGUGUGAUAUUCUUUUCGAGUUUAAUGACUUAGCUGUUACAGCGGCGGCCCGAGUCUCUGUCAUCCUUCAACGUGAUCAUACCAGUCAAUCACAGAAAAGAAUUUUUUCAAUUAAAAAUAAAUUAUCGUACCAAUUGUUGGUUCAAAGUGCGGAAAACACCAAGGUGCAUUUUUAUUCGUUGUUAUUGUGUUCGAGAACCUUAGAUCUGUACAAUGUGUUGUCAGAACGAAUUCAUGCUUAUUUAGCUAAAACCAAUUGUUGUUUAAGAGGUAGGUCCUUGAUUAAAGGCAAUGGCUUUGCUGAAAGAAAAGCUGUGGAAUUAAUUACCACCAUAAUGGAGUUUGGAACACCAACGAUGGAGAGUGAAACAUUAACGAAGGAGAGUAGCUUGGACAAAUAUGAGGUACCUCAUUGGUUUAAAUUUGACGUAUCGAUGUACAAGAAGCUAAUAUGCGAACGCAUAAUAACAGUGUUUGAAGACUAUGCAGAAAUUUUUGAAGAUCAAACGGAAAAUUUAUUUUUAAACUCUCUCCCUCACAGGGUUGCACUGUGGAGGAAUAGUUUUGAUUGUGUCAGCAAAAUUUUGUUUUGUAGAAAGAUAAACACAAAUUUCUAACUACUUAGUUCAAAACAUUUAUCUGGAA